GAUGACCUGAAGGAGAUGCUGGACACAAAUAAGGAUUCCCUCAAGCUGGAGGCCAUGAAGAGGAUUGUGGCGAUGAUUGCCCGUGGAAAGAAUGCCUCAGACCUGUUUCCUGCAGUGGUGAAGAACGUGGCCUGUAAGAACAUAGAGGUGAAGAAGCUUGUCUACGUGUACCUGGUGCGCUAUGCUGAGGAACAGCAAGACCUGGCCCUGCUGUCCAUCUCCACCUUCCAGCGUGGCCUGAAGGACCCCAACCAGCUGAUUCGUGCCAGUGCCCUCCGCGUCCUCUCUAGCAUCCGUGUGCCCAUCAUAGUGCCCAUCAUGAUGCUAGCCAUCAAGGAAGCCGCCUCAGACAUGUCACCCUACGUGCGGAAAACAGCUGCCCAUGCCAUCCCUAAACUCUAUAGUUUGGACUCUGACCAGAAGGACCAGCUGAUAGAAGUCAUUGAGAAGCUUCUGGCCGACAAGACGACACUGGUGGCAGGCAGCGUGGUGAUGGCCUUCGAGGAGGUGUGCCCGGAACGCAUAGACCUGAUCCACAAAAACUACCGGAAACUCUGUAACCUGCUCAUCGACGUGGAGGAGUGGGGGCAGGUGGUCAUCAUCAGCAUGCUCACUCGCUACGCCCGCACGCAGUUCCUGAGCCCCACCCAGAACGAAUCCCUGCUAGAGGAGAACCCCGAGAAAGCCUUCUACGGCUCGGAGGAAGACGAGGCCAAGGGCCCGGGGUCGGAGGAGGCGGCCGCUGCGGCGCUACCCGCCCGAAAGCCCUACGUCAUGGACCCGGACCACCGGCUGCUGCUGCGCAACACCAAGCCGCUGCUGCAGAGCCGCAGCGCCGCGGUGGUCAUGGCGGUGGCGCAGCUCUACUUCCACCUGGCGCCCAAGGCGGAGGUGGGCGUCAUCGCCAAGGCGCUAGUGCGCCUGCUGCGCAGCCACAGUGAGGUGCAGUACGUUGUGCUCCAGAAUGUGGCCACCAUGUCCAUCAAGCGCCGGGGUAUGUUUGAGCCCUACUUGAAGAGCUUCUACAUCAGGUCCACCGACCCUACCCAGAUCAAGAUCCUGAAGCUGGAAGUGCUGACCAACUUGGCCAAUGAGACCAACAUCCCUACUGUCCUACGGGAAUUCCAGACCUACAUUCGCAGCAUGGACAAGGAUUUUGUGGCAGCCACAAUCCAGGCCAUUGGACGCUGUGCAACUAACAUAGGACGGGUCCGUGACACUUGCCUCAACGGCCUGGUACAGCUGCUAUCCAACCGUGAUGAGCUUGUGGUUGCAGAGUCGGUGGUCGUCAUUAAGAAAUUGCUGCAGAUGCAGCCAGCACAGCAUGGGGAGAUCAUCAAACACUUGGCAAAGCUCACAGACAACAUCCAGGUGCCUAUGGCCCGAGCCAGCAUCCUGUGGCUCAUUGGAGAGUACUGUGAGCAUGUCCCCAAGAUUGCACCUGAUGUCCUGAGAAAAAUGGCCAAGUCAUUCACAGCAGAGGAAGAUAUUGUCAAGCUGCAGGUCAUCAAUCUGGCAGCCAAGCUCUACCUGACCAACUCUAAGCAGACCAAGUUGCUCACCCAGUAUGUGCUGAGUCUGGCCAAGUACGACCAGAACUAUGAUAUCCGUGACCGAGCGCGCUUCACCCGGCAGCUCAUUGUCCCUUCUGAGCAGGGCGGGGCCCUCAGUCGCCAUGCCAAGAAGCUCUUCCUGGCACCCAAACCAGCCCCAGUCUUGGAGUCAUCCUUCAAAGACCGGGAUCACUUCCAGCUGGGCUCACUGUCCCACCUUCUCAAUGCCAAGGCCACUGGCUACCAGGAGCUCCCAGACUGGCCAGAGGAAGCCCCAGACCCAUCUGUGCGCAACGUGGAGGUACCUGAAUGGACGAAAUGCUCAAACCGGGAGAAGAGGAAGGAGAAGGAAAAACCCUUCUACUCAGACUCUGAGGGGGAGUCAGGCCCCACGGAGUCUGCAGACAGUGAUCCUGAGUCUGAGAGUGAGUCGGACAGUAAUAGCAGCAGCGAGAGUGGCUCUGGGGAGUCCAGCAGUGAGUCUGAUAAUGAAGAUCAAGAUGAGGAUGAGGAGAAAGGGAGAGGCAGCGAGAGUGAACAGAGUGAGGAGGAAGGUGAGAAGAGGAAAAUGAAGAAGAAGAAGGUGCCAGAGGGACAAGGAGAAGGCUCGUCCUCAGAUGAGGGCAGUGAUUCCAGCAGUAGCUCAUCAGAGUCCGAGAUGACAUCAGAGUCUGAGGAGGAGCAAGUGGAACCUGCCUCCUGGAGGAGGAAAACACCUCCCAGCAGCAAAAGUGCCCCGGCCACCAAGGAAAUCUCUCUGCUUGAUCUGGAGGACUUCACCCCUCCCAGUGUCCAGCCUGUGUCUCCCUCCAUGGUUGUGUCCACCAGUCUGGCUGCUGACCUGGAGGGUCUGACACUCACAGAUUCCUCGCUGGUGCCCUCGCUGCUGAGUCCAAUGUCAGGUGUUGGGAGGCAGGAGCUGCUGCACCGGGUAGCUGGCGAGGGGCUAGCCGUGGACUAUGCCUUCAGCCGCCAGCCUUUCUCUGGUGGCCCCCACAUGGUGUCUGUGCACGUCUACUUCUCCAAUAAUUCUGAUACCCCCAUCAAUGGCCUGCAUAUAGGCACCCCCAAACUGCCUGCUGGCAUCAGCAUCCAAGAAUUUCCUGAAAUCGAGUCUCUGGCACCUGGAGAAUCUGCCACUGCUGUAAUGGGCAUUAAUUUCUGUGACUCAACCCAGGCAGCCAACUUCCAGCUGUGCACUCAAACCCGACAGUUCUACGUCUCCAUUCAGCCACCUGUUGGGGAGCUGAUGGCCCCUGUGUUCAUGAGUGAGAAUGAGUUCAAAAAGGAACAGGGAAAGCUGACGGGCAUGAACGAGAUCACAGAGAAGCUCACACUGCCAGACACCUGUCGGAGCGACCACAUUGUGGUGCAGAAAGUGACUACCACUGCCAACCUGGGUCGUGUCCCUUGUGGGACAUCUGAUGAGUACAGGUUUGCAGGCAGGACACUGACCAGCGGGAGCCUGGUCCUGCUGACCCUGGACGCCCGGCCAGCUGGAGCUGCCCAGUUGACCAUCAACAGCGAGAAGAUGGUGAUUGGCACCAUGUUGGUGAAGGACGUAAUACAGGCCCUGACCCAGUGACUCCCGAGUGCUGUGACCUCUUUGGGCCCCACCUGUCUUCCCCCAUGACACCUGAGCUGUUAGUCCCUCUCACUUUUUCUCCCCCCCCCCAUCAGAUUGCUCAUGCCAGUUAGCAUCCAGGGGGUCCUGUCUCUGGUCAUUACCAGGUCCUCCUCCAUUCCCCUCCCCACACGUUCCUUAGUGACCUGUGCAGGGGGAGACAGCCACUGUUCCCUUCAAUCCUCAGCUUUCUGUAGCUAUUUAUGUAGGAAAGUCUCAAUAAAAUGUCUUCUCCCUAGA